AUGGGGAAAAUGGCGAAGAUGUUCAGUUUCAUCCUUGUUACCACUGCUCUGGUAACCGGCAAGGCCAGCUGGGCUCUUGAGAAUUGUCUCCAGGAACAGGCACGUCUCAGAGCCCAGGUGCACCUGCUUGAGACCCGGGUCAAACAACAACAGGUCAAGAUCGCUCAGCUUUUGCACGAGAAGGAAAUCCAGUUCCUGGAUGAAGGAGAGGAGAGCAGUGUCAUUGACCUUGGAGGCAAGAGGCAAUAUGCAGACUGUUCAGAAAUUUUCAAUGAUGGAUCUAAGCUCAGUGGAUUUUACAAGAUCAAACCUCUCCAGAGCUCAGCAGAAUUCUCUGUUUACUGUGACAUGUCUGAUGGAGGAGGAUGGACUGUGAUUCAGAGACGCUCUGAUGGCAGUGAGAACUUUAACAGGAACUGGAAUGACUAUGAAAAUGGCUUUGGAAAUUUUGUCCAAAAAAAUGGUGAAUAUUGGCUGGGUAAUAAAAACCUUCACUUAUUAACCACACAAGGAGACUACACUUUAAAAAUCGACCUUGGAGAUUUUGAAAGAAAUAGCCGUUAUGCCCAAUACCAAAAUUUCAAAGUUGGAGAUGAAAAGGAUUCCUAUGAAUUGAAUAUCGGGGAAUAUUCUGGAACAGCAGGAGACUCGCUUGCAGUGAGAUCUCACCCGGAGGUGCAAUGGUGGGGCGGUCACCAAAGGAUGAAGUUCAGCACAUGGGACAGAGAUCAUGACAACUACGAAGGCAACUGUGCCGAGGAAGAUCAGUCCGGCUGGUGGUUUAACAGGUGUCACUCUGCUAACCUGAAUGGUUUAUACUACCGGGGCCCCUAUAGCAACACAACGGACAAUGGGGUUGUCUGGCACACCUGGCAUGGCUGGUGGUAUUCUCUGAAAUCCGUGGUUAUGAAAAUCAGGCCAAAUGACUUUAUUUCAAACAUCGUUUGA